AUGGCAACCCCAAGCACACUUGAUCAAGGACCCUCCGUCACUGCGUCAAUGUACUCGUCUGGAAAGUACUCUGACAUGACGAUUAUUUGCAAAGGAAAGACGUUCAAGGUCCAUCAAUGUAUCGUUUGCCUGCAAUCAAAACCCCUUGCGGCAGCUAUGGAUGGGAAGUUCAAGGAAGGAACAUCUAAAGAGAUCGAUCUUGAAGACGACGCACCGGAAAUUGUAGAGAAGAUGUUGUCGUACAUGUACACUUUAGACUACACGGACGGAAAUCAGUCUAUAAUUGUCGACUCGACCGAAACAGCAAUGACUCCAGCUAAGACCAAAUUUCAUAAAAAGAGUGGGAGAACCAUUGAAUUUGUUCCGUCUUCCAUCACUGCUCCGCCUUCAGGCCUUAGUCAAUUCUCUGCCGAUGCCCUCCUCACAAACACCCGGGUGUUCGUCAUUGCAGACAAGUACGAUAUCCAGGGUCUAAAGCAACUUGCCACGAAGAAGUAUAAGGUAGCCGUCCCAAAUGCUUGGAACUGCACUGAGUUCGUUGGAUCACUGAGGCUUUUGUAUGAGGAGACGCUAGAGUCCGACCGACUUCUGAAGGACGUGGCUGUCAAGACCGCAGGCAAACACGUGAAGGAUCUUGUGGACCGUGGAGAAUUCGCCGCACUAUGCAGAUUGAACGGUGAACUGGGUUUUGAGAUUUUGAGAGCAUCCUUGACUAUAAAGACUUGUUGCCCUUCAUGUCAAGGUUAUGGUUCUGUCGAGACGUAUGACAAUGCAACUUGGUAUUGA